GGCGGUGGGCGGGUAAGGGGAUCUUCUUGGUUUGUUUCCUUUUGAAGGGGGGUGGGUUUGUGAGUUUGUAGACUUUCCUACCACCACUCUUUUGCAAAUUUUUUGGUCGAAUUCUCUUGUGUGUUGCGCUGUCGAACAUCUGGGUUGUUGCUUGUUGCUUGUUGCUUGUCGUUUUUCUUUAUUUCGUAGGGCCUGCACAUAGAUUGUCAUUUCGCGCGUGGUUUUGCGAUGCAUCGUUCCUCUUCCGCACCUGCAUCCUCGUCGUCGUCUGGUACCUCGUAUUCGUCCUCGCUAUCGAUAACGUCGUUUGUUCAGUAUGGGUUCCUGGCUGCGCUAGCAUACAUACUCGCUGGUGCGCCUUUGUCCUCGUUGUUUACUUCGAAUGCGGGUAGCGAUGCGGUGUCGUCCAGCAGCGUUGGUGCGAGAGGUGGCGGUGAUGUAAAAGCCAAUCUAGAAAAUUUGGUGAUUCCUGAGCGGAAUUUGAGUUGUGCAGCGCAUGCGUACAAGGGUGUUUAUGUGCUGAGUCGCGAGCCGCUGGUGGUGUAUAUCGAGGGGUUUGUUGGGGAGGAGGAGGGCAAGGAGGUUGUUGCUUUAAGUAACCCCCACUUCACCCCCUCAACAGUAUGGACCUCCGGCACCGAAUCCUUCAAACCCUCGAUCCGCAACUCAGAGAAAGCACCCUUACCCCGCAGUCAAACGGUCAAAUGCAUCGAAGAGCGCGCCCGCGUGUUCCAAGGCUGGCGGCCCUACACUUUCAUCGAGAAACUCUGGAGCCAGAGGUACGGUGUAGGAGGUCACUACACAUACCACUACGAUUGGAGCACUGCGACCAAGAAAAGCGGGCGCGUGAGUUCCUUCAUGGUGUAUCUGGAAGCAAAUUGUACGGGUGGAGGCACGCAUUUCCCGCGCUUGGAGAGGCCUGAGGAUAAGAGUUGGUGUCGAUUUAUUGAGUGUGAGGAGGAUGGUCAUGCGGGUGUCUCCACGAAUGGUGCUGGGCAAGAAGGAGGGCCCAAGGAGGAUCUAAGCAAAGGAAUUAUUUUUAAGCCGAUUGCUGGGAACGCGGUGUUUUGGGAGAAUAUGCGGAGCGAUGGGAGUGGGUAUGCGGAGAGUUGGCAUGCGGGGCUGCCGGUCACAAAGGGUGUCAAGAUUGGACUCAAUAUAUGGAGUUGGUUGGCUGAGGGGUAUGUGCCGGGGAAUGGAGAUGCUUGAGGAAAGUUCAGACGAACGGGUGAAGAAGAUGAAGGAUAAAGAAGAAUAUUGAUAUUUUCAAGAGACAAAUACAAGGAAGAAAUCCUGCACAUGGAAGUACCCAGGUCCUGAGAGAGGCAAUGAUGCAGGAGCACAGGAAGAAGACGUU